GAAUGGUCUUGUUUGCUUCAAAAGGAGUCUACUGUGCAUGCGUGACACCCUGUUCUCUUCAUUCAGAUAAACUGAAGGUGUACCAGGGAGUCCGUGUGAAGACCACGGUAAAAGAGCUGCUGCAGAGGCACAGAGAGAGGGAGGCCAACACCAAGAAACUUAAUGCGCAGAUACACCAGGCUUGCUUGGAACUACAGGAGCUUCCCGCGGCCACUUUCCCAAGUCGCCAUGUUGCCCCUCCUCCCGCUAUCCACCCAAGUGAAGACAACAGCUGCGGGGUGCUGGCCCUCCAGCUUCGGACUACCAUGUCAUUCCCACUCCCUGACAGUGCAUGCAACAUUCAGACGCAAGAGAGCGUCUAUAACAGCAUCCAGGUGCAGCAGCAGCAGUUUGGGGAUGUGAUGUUGCCCAGCAACGGAUACAGUGGUACUGCCUACGACACCCCUCUGCCUCCCCUUCCAACCUCCCCUCAGCCUUGGAGACAUGGACUGUCCUCGGAUGUGGAUUACUAUGGCCAGGGGAUAGCCCCCUGCUCCUCAUUGGAGUCACUGACAUUCUGCAACCCCAUGGAUCCCAACAGCUACUCGCCACAGGACUCCUUCUCCUCCUCCUCCUCCUCAUGCUACAACUCGCCCACCAGAAUGGAGGCCAGUUACCAUGGCUUAAGCCCAGAGCAAUACCACUAUCAGCACUCUGCUCCACAGGACUAUUAUGCCCUGUCACACUGUUGGUCAGCCCAGCAGGAGAGCUCCCCCACCCCUGAAUAUGCACCUUACUUUCCCCCCACAGACUACCCACAUGCCUGUCCUGUAGAAGACAACUGUUUCAGGAAGGAUUUUCCACUGAACUAUGACGUGUGUUACAGUGCAUUAUGAUGAGACCGAGAGCAGUAUUACUUUGUAUCCUGACUGUAAAUAUGAUUCUGUUCAGUGUGGCUGUUUGCUUUUCUUUUCAAUUUGUGCUGUUUGAUUUAGUGGAUCAACUUUAAUGAAAGCUGAAUGAUAUAUUUUCAUAUGUGUCCGUUCUUUUACUGUACAAAAUAAACAUGUUAAACUCA